AUGGUUGGCGCCUGCGAGACUCGAGCAGAGCCUUCUGAUAGUCUGACAGAAUUGAAAAGAGGGACCGGACAGGCUCCGCGAAAACUCGUAAAUGCCAAUGAACCCGGAAAGAAUAACAACCUUAAUGUAGGCCCGAAAAGAGAUAAGAUUGCAAAAGACAUUAUAAAUGAAGUCACAGGUCCCGCGGAAGCGCAGAGCGUCAGUAAAAAGAUCAAGCUAACUUGGUUCGCGUCAGUUCACGAGUGCAGUCUACGAGUUGACCUAUUAUUGCGGGAAGUGCGGGAAUUACUCAAACUCGCGCUAAUCACGCCAAUUCGCGGUUCCAUACGAAUGCGAAGUUCUGGGCAAAUCGGCACUGAAUCAUUAGGCGUACGCCACUGCGACUGUUCUUCUGACGCUCUCCGCAGACGACGGAUCUCCUUCCACGAGUCACCCACCGGAACCUACCCGAUAUCUUGGGCAACUAACAGUGAGCGGGAAGAGGCGCUGACCGGAGACGGGGGCGACCAUGCACUCCGCCCCGCUCCAGCCGCUCGAACAACAACAACAGCAACAAUUGCAGUAGCAGCAGCAGUAACAGCACCACGAACGACACAGAUUACGAGCGCUCCUGUUGCUGCUGUUUGGUAGCAGCAUGGA